AUGGGAGAUCCAGCACCAUCAAAAGGCCCAUCCCAAGCCGAGCUGCUUCUUCGCGUCUCUUCUUCAAUCGCCCUCGAGCUCAUUAAGGCCCACAAAGAAGGACGCACCAUCUCCCUCAACGGGCUCAAGCUUCAAGAGUCCAAAAAGUAUGGCUUCUCUGGAGUUCCACGACUCGUCGAUAUCAUCAGUGCUGUGCCGGAGGAGUGGAAGAAGGUGCUAGUACCGAAGCUGAAGGCUAGACCGGUACGGACCGCGAGUGGGAUCGCCGUCGUUGCCGUAAUGUGCAAACCCCAUCGAUGUCCACACAUCGCUAUGACUGGAAACAUCUGUGUUUACUGUCCCGGUGGUCCCGACUCAGACUUUGACUACUCCACCCAGUCUUACACGGGGUAUGAGCCCACCAGCAUGCGUGCGAUCCGAGCACGGUACGACCCAUACGAACAAACCAGGGGAAGAGUCGAGCAGCUCGCGAGCUUGGGUCAUAGCGUUGACAAGGUCGAGUUCAUUAUAAUGGGCGGGACGUUUAUGAGCAUGCCGGAAGAUUACCGCAACAAGUUUGUUGCCCAGCUGCAUAAUGCUCUCUCUGGAUUUACGGGAACCGAUGUGGAUGAAGCCGUUCGAUACUCCGAGCAGAGCAAAACAAAAGCCAUCGGAAUUACUAUCGAGACACGCCCUGAUUACUGCCUCAAACCACAUCUUUCCCAAAUGCUUCGAUACGGCUGUACGCGACUAGAAAUCGGUGUUCAGUCCGUAUAUGAAGACGUAGCUCGUGACUCAAACCGCGGCCACACGGUCCGUGCCGUCUCCGAGUCCUUCCAACUAGCCAAGGACGCCGGCUUCAAGGUGGUGGCUCAUAUGAUGCCUGAUUUACCAAAUGUAGGCGUGGAGAGGGAUAUGGAGCAGUUCAAGGAAUACUUUGAGAACCCUGCGUUCCGCUCGGACGGAUUGAAAAUCUACCCUACCCUGGUCAUCAGAGGCACAGGGCUGUACGAACUCUGGCGCACGGGGCGAUACAAGAAUUACACGCCGAACAUGCUCGUCGACGUCGUGGCCCGUAUCCUAGCCCUCGUACCGCCGUGGACUAGGGUGUAUCGUGUACAGCGAGAUAUCCCGUUGCCGCUGGUGUCGAGCGGCUGCGAGAAUUCCGGAAACUUGCGUGAGUUGGCACUUCAACGGAUGAAAGAUUUCGGAGCCGAAUGCCGUGAUGUACGGUAUCGUGAAGUUGGGAUCCGCGAGAUCCAUCAUAAAGUCCGCCCCGAAUCUGUCGAGCUGCUGCGGCGCGAUUAUACAGCGAACGGCGGAUGGGAGACCUUCCUAUCGUACGAGGAUCCGGAGCGGGACAUCCUGGUCGGCCUUUUGCGCUUGCGCAAGUGCUCAGCAGAAGGCACCUUCCGACCAGAGCUUGUGAAUGCGGGGCAGAGUAGUAUCGUCCGCGAGCUGCAUGUUUAUGGUACGGCAGUGCCCGUGCACGGGAGAGACCCAACAAAGUUCCAGCAUCAGGGCUUUGGUACGCUCCUGAUGGAAGAAGCGGAGCGUAUCGCGCGCGAAGAACAUGGGAGCGUCAAGCUCGCAGUUAUAUCUGGCGUUGGCACACGAGACUACUACAGGAGGCUGGGUUACAAACUAGAUGGGCCGUACAUGAGCAAGAUGCUCAUUUAGACCGUGAUCGGUUGGACCGCCGUCUUCCGUUUUCAGAUUUUGUGGAGCCUUCGGGCGGCUGUAUCAUCACGUCACCUCAUACUGUUCGUUUCACAUGUAUCAUUACCUGCAUCUACUUCGAAUGUGUCGCAUCUAAUU